ACACACACACAUCAGCAUCUGCGCUUCCUCCUCCUGUGCACACUCCUCCUCCCUUCUCGCUCUACUCACAUCCUCUCUCUCUCUCGCUCUCUCGUCGCUGUACGCCUCGCCUCAGCUCGACACAGGCGCAGCGUCUCCUCUCCCGGACGUAAAAAGCAGGAAAAUGCUGCGAGGAAGCGAGCGUGAGGAGGCGCGGUGGGCUGGUGUAGCGUCUUCUUUUUGAAGGUGCGAAGGACCGUUUUGUCUCGAAGGGGGGGGGGGGGGGGAGAAAAUACAUACGCAUCAAGGAUGUCCACCUCGCCUGGUGCAGCCGAGGGGAGCCAGAGGAACUCUUCGGAAGUGGAGCGCGGCGACAACGCGGCGGGCGCCGAAUCCGCCGGCGGGCAGCUGAAGCUGAAGGACAGACACAAGUUGCUGGAGGAGGCCUUCCAGCAGGACGUGGAGCAGUACCUGUCCACGGGAUACCUCCAGAUCGCCGAGAGGCGAGGGCCAAUAGGCAGCAUGUCGUCCAUGGAGGUGAACGUGGACAUGCUGGAGCAGAUGGACCUGAUGGACAUGUCGGACCACGAGGCGCUCGACGUCUUCCUGCACUCGGGCGGCGAGGACAACAGCGCCACCUCGCCCGUCGCAGGCCCCGACUCGCUGACGACGGAGAUCAGCCUGCAGGUUCCCACUCAGGUCGAGCUGCGCGACAAGCUGUCGUCUUUGUCGUCCACGUGCGCGCGCCGUGACGGCGACGAGGAAGACGACGAUGAAGAAGAGGACGAGGAGGAAGAGGAGGGAGGGGCUAGGGCGGCGACGAGGAGGAGGAGGAGGAGGAAGAGGGCGCCCCCUCCGGUGAUGGCGCCCGAUUGUGGCGGCGGGACCCCCAAGGUUUGAAGGGGAGGGGAAAAAAACACCCCCACAUUACAACAUCUGCCUUAGACAGCAACUUACAUUUGGGGAAAAAACCAACUUUUGACUGUAAUUACCACCACAUCAUCAACUCAGGUGCACAUGUGGUAUGGUUUGUUGGAUUCUGGAAAACAAACCAAAAAAAAGGCUAAAAACAAGCACACGACGACGACGACGACGACAACCACGAAACUUGAAAUGGAACCUCCUGCCCGAAUGUCGGCAUCAUCGAGGAAAAUUGUCAUGACGACCAUAGACGAGGAAACGGACCGUACCUUUGGCGUUGUGCUUUUUCUUGAGCUUAUGAGCAUUCCCCUUUGUAUGUUCCGGGGUUUUCCUUUUGUGCGUGUGCCAUAUUUUCUCCAAGUUUAACAAAUAAUCUUGUGUAUCCGUCAGGCUCGCGAAGGACCAAAGUUGGGACUUUUAGUUCGUAUGCGCGCGCGUGUGCUCUUGUCCCGACUGAAGAAUCGUACAUGAUUUGAGUGUGCACUGUAUCUUGUUAUUGCGCUGAGAUGAAUUAAAAGGCCAUCUGGGGA